AUGUCUCCCAAACAUAGGAAGAAAGCUCCCCGCCAGAAAAAGCAAACAUCUUCGGACUCUACCUUAACAUCCCCGAUACAAACUACCAACUACCGUGAAAUCCACCUCAAUGAGGUAGAAGCCCUUCGCUCAAUCUAUGACGAUGAUUUUGAAGUUGUCGAGAACAGACCAUCAGCGUGGCAGCAAUCUUCCAACGUGACAUUUAAGCUUCACCUCCGCGCCUCCUCCAAUCCAGAUAUCUGCCUCGUGCUCUUAGUUGAACUGCCUGCCACCUAUCCCAAAAGCGUUCCCAUUCUUUCACUGGAAAACCUGGAUGAUUUCCGCGAUGGGGCCCGCUCCCGCAUCCAAGAAAUUAUUCGCGAGAGGCCAGCAACCCUUCUGGGAAGUGAGAUGAUUUAUGAACUGGCAGUAUCAAUCCAGGAUAUUUUGGAGGAUGUAGCGCAGGCGCUUGAGCAGAAUAAAGAUCUUCCCAGUCUUGAAGAGGAACGGAUGGAACAAAAGGCAGCCGCCAUUCAGCGUGCAGAGCUUGAAAAGCAAGAAGAAUUGCGUCAACAGGAAGCUGCUUCUGCAGCAGAGGAGAAUGCUUUGCAGGCAAUGCUUCAGGAUAAGAUUCGGCAACGAGACAGAGAACGUGUUCUGAGACGCAAGAGCCGGACUACUGGGGCGGAUUCAAACAAAGUGGAUGAUCUUAUGGAGAAUGCUCCAGGUGCUAUCUUCUUUGAUCCGCCAUUGGUAGUAAAUGAUACCGAUGAUAAACCACUGUUGUUCCGUGCCGUGCAUGGAAAAACACUUUUGCAGUCCCAACACGCUAAGAAAACGUUCACUGUGCGACCAGUUGUCUCGGAAGGUCGGUGCCAUGUCCCACUGAUAGUACUCAAGGAGAUAUUCCUGGAUGAGAAAAGCUCUCAUGCGAGCUCAUUUCGGGAACGCAUGCGGACCAGCGAGGAUAAAUUGGAGAGUCUGAAACGACUUCGGCAUCCUAAUGUAGUUGAUUUUGUAGGGUUCAAAAUCACUCGUCCCAUUAGCGAUUUCAGUUCGCCAGAUGACUCCUGGACUGUUUAUACUCUUUUUGAGUAUGCCAACAAGGGCUCACUCUCUGAACUUCUUGAUAUUGUCGGCACCGUUGCAGUUGACACACUUCGUGGCUGGAUGAUUCAACUGCUUGAAGCCUUGGAAUUUUAUCGCCGGAGUGGAUUUGUCCAUGGAACUAUCCACUGUGGCCGAGUCAUGAUCUUCAGGAAAGGACCUGGUGAUACCACCGUGAAGCUCCAGUCUAGCGUGGAAGAGGCUUUACCAGACUCUUCCGUCACAAAGCGAACUCUAAAUGCAUCCAAGUCGCCAUUGUGGAUUCCUCCUGAGCUGACACAGGAGGGCGCACUGCCGACCAUGAAGACUGAUGUUUGGGACCUGGGUAUUGUUUUGCUCCAGAUGGCAUUCGGAAAAGAUGUCUUGUUGAGAUAUACCUCGGCCAAUCAAUUAAUGACUUCUUUGGGUCUCUCCCCUCCCCUUCAGGACCUACUUCGAGAGUUCUUCCGACCAGACCCCAAGAAACGUGCGACAGCUUUCCAACUGCUGCCGUCGGAGUUUUUCCGUGUCGACGCGCCUUUAACAAUGCGUGAUAGUGACUCCAGCUCUGUAUCCCUGCAGAGGAGGCCACGACUGGACUCUUUUGGUACCCUCCCAACAUUCUCACGAUAUCACCACGACUUUGACGAGGCGGGCCAACUUGGCCGAGGCGGAUUCGGUCAAGUCGUCAAAGCAAGGAACAAACUCGACGGUCGAUUCUACGCAGUCAAAAAGAUUACAGAGUCCUCUGCCCCAGCGUUGAAGGAUACGCUGUCUGAAAUUAUGCUUCUUUCACGACUAAACAACCCCUAUGUCGUUCGGUAUUAUACUGCGUGGCUGGAGGAAGAUUUUUAUCACAUUUACGAAGAGGCCAUCUCAUCCACCGAAGGUGAUUCCUUUGCCAGUCGUGAACACCAUGAAUUGAGUCCUGGUGGCCUUGAUUUCAUUAGCUCCAGCGGAUAUCCGAAAAUUGAAUUCGCUGCCAAUGACAGUGACGAGGAAAACGAGGGAACAAUUUCGGAUCAUCGUCCCCAUGAUUCCCAGGGAUGGUAUGGAACAGACAGCAUAGACGGUACUGAGCUUAGCCAGACUAGAUCUGGCUCAUAUGGCCGUCCCGUGAUGAACACGCUCUAUAUCCAAAUGGAGUAUUGUGAGAAGCACACACUGCGAGAUCUGAUCAAGAACGGCCUCUGCGACGACACUGAUCGGUCAUGGCGCCUGUUCAGACAGAUUCUCGAUGGGUUGAGCCAUAUUCACAGCCACGGUAUUAUCCAUCGCGAUCUGAAACCGGAUAAUAUCUUCAUUGAUGUUGCCAACAACCCCCGUAUCGGUGAUUUUGGUCUUGCUACCAGUGGCCAAUUCACGACUGCAGUGCGUUCAUCUGCCGCUGCUGACUUCGAAGGCAACUUCACCCGUAGCCUGGGUACGACGUAUUACGUCGCACCAGAAAUGAAAUCAGAGAUUUCGGGACACUACAACGAGAAAGUCGAUAUGUUCUCCCUUGGUAUCAUCUUCUUUGAGAUGUGCCACCCGCUGCCGACGAAUAUGGAGCGUGAUCAAACACUUCGAGCGAUAAGAGAACCCAACCAUAAACUCCCAUCUACUUUUGAGCAAUCCGAGAAGCUCGUUCAAGGCCAGAUCAUUGACUCUCUUCUCAAUCACACGCCUAACGAACGGCCGACAGCUGCCGAACUCCUGUCCAGUGGAAGAAUACCUCUCCAAGUUGAAGAAGAGACUUUCCGACGAGCCAUUGUGCAUUUGCUCUCCGAUCCAAAUUCCCCCGAUUACAAGAAAAUCCUCUCUGCGAUCUUCUCCCAAUCACCGAAGAAAUUCGAGGACAUCGCUUGGGACAUGGAUUCGCACGGGGCGCCAGCUACGAAUGAGCUACUCCUAAGUGGUCUUGUGAAAAAGAAAUUGACUUCGAUUUUCCGAAGACAUGGCGCGGUGGAAACAUCGAGACAGAUGCUAUUCCCACGAUCGCACCAUUAUUCAAGCGGGGCCGUACGCUUAUUAGAUGUCUCAGGCAAUCUUCUACAGCUACCCUUUGACUUCACAGUCCCAAAUGCACGUGCGAUUCCCCGGCAACAUCGCUCGCUGGAGAAGACAUUUGCCUUUGGGACGGUUUACAGAGAUUCUACUCAUGGGAGCGAGCCCCGAACCCACCGUGAGGUGGACUUUGACAUUGUUUCCUACAACACUUUGGACCUAGCGCUGAAAGAGGCGGAGGUUAUUAAAGUGUUAGACGAGAUCAUCGAGGAGUUCCCACCUCUGCGGCUUGCUUCGAUGUGCUUCCUUGUCAACCACUCUGAUCUUCUGCAGCUUAUCAUGGAGUUCUGCCGCAUUACUUCUUCUCAAAUUCCUUUGGUGAAGGAGGUACUCAGCAAGCUCAAUGUCGGGAAAUGGACGAUGCAGAAAAUUCGGAGUGAACUUCGAUCCCCAACGAUUGGUGUGGCAUCAACUUCACUAGACGAUCUGGCGCGAUUUGAUUUCAGAGAUACGCCGAAAGAAACGCAGCGUAAAAUACAAGCCAUCAUGGAAGGCACCGAAUAUGCAGACAGAGUUCCUGCAAUCUUUGCUCGCUUGAAUGUGCUCAUGACCUACCUGCAAAGCUUCGGUGUUAAACGCAGGAUCUACAUCAAUCCACUGAGCAGCUUAAAUGACAAGUUCUAUCGAGGAAGCAUACUCUUUCAGUGUGUAUUCGAUAGCAAACGCCGCGAUGUCUUUGCCGCAGGUGGCCGAUAUGAUCGUUUAAUUCAAGAGUUCUCACCAAAGGCACUGUCCAACCGGCCACAAGCACACGCUGUCGGAUUCAAUCUCAGUUCUGAUCGACUCAAAAGCGUCAUGACCGAAUACCUGGAAGGCAAGGCGCCGCCAAAAGAAACAGACUCCGGCGCCGAGCUCUACUGGGCAACUCGCAGGUGCGAUGUCCUCGUCGCCAGCUUCGAUGCGACCGUCCUCCGCACAACCGGCAUAAAGAUAGUCGAAGACCUCUGGGCAAACAACAUCAGCGCCGAACUUGCCGUGGACGCUUCAUCCCUCGAAGAACUAACCGCCAAGUACAGGGAGCACAACCACCGCUGGAUCGUAAUCGCAAAGCAAGACAGCAAAGAAAGAGGCUACAAAGUACGCAACCUUGUCCGCCGCGAAGAACAAGACAUCCGGAGCGCAGACCUGGUCUCAUGGCUUCGAUCCGAAACCCAAGUCCGUUAUGCCCGCGAAGGAACAGCCGAUUCACGCCAAUCCCGCCAGCCGAACCAGCAAGAUGCAAACCAAUCCAACGAAAAGACGAACGACGUUCGCAUUCUUAUCCCCCAGCAUCGGAGCAAGAAAACCAACCGAAGAAAUAUUGUUGAGUCCGCUUUGCUUCGCUCCCGUGAAGUCGCCGACAAUGCCCGUAAUGGACCCGUCGCUGCCAUUGAUACUCGUGACGAUGUACUCGCUGCUAUUCGCGAUACUCGGCUUUCGGACCCGGAUAGCUGGCGGACAGUUAUUCAGAGUGCUCCGCUGACAGAGCGUAAAUACCUUGGUCAGGUGUACGAGUUGCUCAGUGAUCUAGCCUCUGAAUCGCGCACGAGCGAGAGCGCAGAGAGCUACACAAAUGCCUUCAUUUACAACUAUCGGACCGGUUCGUGUGUGUACUAUGAUCUCGGCCGCAGCGACAGAUGA